GUCAUUGGGAUGGAUAUCAAGGGUUGGGUGAACAAACUUCUGCCUUGGAGGUUAUAAACUCUUUAUUAGUGAAGCCUCCACUUACUAUUAAAACCGGAGGCUCGAAUCGUACCAAUUAUGAGGCUGGUGCGGGCGUAGACCAUACUGCGAACCAUAACAAAGUUACUGAAAUCGGUGCUGAUAAGGUAGGUGCCGCUAUAGUCACAAUUUUGAUCUUAACGAUUCCUGUCGCUAUGGCAGGUUUUUUAGUAUUUCUGUAA